AUGAGUUCUCGGCUUGGCUUCUCAACAUUCCACAAUGUCAUUGACGAACAGCUCUCCCCUACCGUAAAAGCACGACGAUGCACGAACCCUUCGACUCUGGAGGAUAACCCAGCUGCGCCUUUAUCGACCCAGGACGACGUAGACCGCGCCGUCGCAAAUGCAAGGAAAGCCUUUGCAACCUGGUCACAGGUACCACUCGAUGCCCGGAAGCAAGCGGUCAUUGACUUUGCCCAUGCUCUAUCGAAAGAAGUCGAUGGCUUUGCCGAGAUGCUUACUAAGGAGAAAGGCCGCCCGCUUGUGCUUGCUAAAGCUGAAGUCCAAAUCGGGGUUCAGUGGUUGAUACAACAAGCUCAGAUGGACUUUAGGGACGAGGAGGUCUGGGAAAAGAGUGACAAGACGAUCCUUACGAGAUACACCCCAUUAGGUAUUGCUGUCGGUAUCGUGCCAUGGAACUUCCCAAUUACUAUCGCAUGUGGCAAGAUUGCACCCGCCCUCAUAACUGGCAAUGUCUUUAUCAUGAAACCUUCUCCAUUCACUCCAUACUGCGCUCUCAAGCUUUGCGAGUUCGCUCAGGCUUACUUUCCGCCAGGUGUCUUUCAGUGUCUUAGCGGUGACGAUGAUCUUGGGCCAAUGCUCACCCACCAUGAAGGGGUUGACAAGAUCAGUUUUACCGGCUCCACCGAGGUGGGAAGAAGGGUGAUCAAAGCUUGUAGUGAGACCUUCAAGCGGGUCACGCUCGAACUGGGCGGCAACGAUGCGGCAAUUGUUUUUCCGGAUGUUGACAUUCCCACCACAGCCGCUGCGCUUGCACAAUUGUCAUGGUUCAACUCCGGUCAAGUCUGUGUGGCCGUCAAGCGCAUCUAUGUGCACGCAUCUAUAUACGACGAAUUUCUGAAGGCGUUUACGGCGAUCACGCAAUCUCUCGUGGUAGGCGACGGCUUUGUCGAUGGAACCACGAUCGGACCAGUAUCAAACUCGCUUCAAUACAAUCGAGUGCGCGAUUUGAUAUCAGAUGUCAUUUCUCAGGGACAGUCCGUUUCCUAUGGCGGCCGGGCGCAUGCAUCGUCCAAGGGAAACUCCAUUGGGUAUUUUAUCGAACCAGUCAUUGUGGACAACCCGCCAGACACUUCUCGCGUCGUUCAGGAGGAGCCAUUUGGCCCCGUUGUUCCUCUAAUGCAGUGGAAUACUGAAGAUGAAGUCAUUCAAAGGGCUAAUGCGACCAAGUUUGGUCUCGGAGCUUCGGUUUGGUCCGCAGACAUUUCAGUGGCCAAGCGCGUAGCGAGAAGACUAGAGGCAGGUACAGUGUGGAUCAAUAACCACAUGCAAUUGGACCCUACGGUUGCGAAUGGGCCGUACAAGCACUCUGGCCUUGGUGUCGAGUAUGGAGUUGCGGGCAUGAGAAGCUAUUGCAACGUGCAAUCGAUCCAUGUCUCAAAGCCUGAACUUGCAUGA